ACUAAUGUACAAAAGAAAUUUACAAAAAAAAUGGAGAAGAAUUUGGUGUCACUUGUCAGUUAAAAAUAUAUAUCAGCUUCCGGGCCUCCGGCCUCCGUAGAGAGAGAGACGGAAGAAGAAAGAUGACAGAAGAGUCUGAAAAGAGGUUCGAAGCGAUAAUGAAGAAGCUCUUUCAUGCUCCUUCAAAUUCUAGACCCCAAUCUUCCGACGCCAGUGGUCUCGGAGCUAAACAAUUAAGCGGCCGAAAGCGCCCCCAUUCGUCUUCAGUGGGGAGGAAAUUAGGUGGCAAUGAAUCGGGGGGCUCAUUAUCAGUUUUGCCAGCGGCGGCUCAAGCACCGGUCUGCAGGCCUUGGGACCGUGGCGAUUUGGUUAGGAGGUUGUCGACUUUCAAGUCGAUGACCUGGUUUGCCAAGCCACAGGUGGUGAGCCCUUUGGAAUGUGCUAGAAGGGGUUGGGUUAAUGUAGAUAUGGACACAAUUGCUUGUGUCUCAUGCAAUACACGCCUCCUCUUUUCUACUCCAUCAGCUUGGGCUAAGCAGCAAGUUGAGAAAGCGGCCAUGGUAUUCAGCUUGAAGCUGGAAAGUGGGCAUAAUUUACUGUGCCCUUGGACUAAUAACUCAUGUGCAGAAGAACUUGCUCAGUUUCCGAACCUGUCUGGAGCGAGUUUGAUUGAGGACUACAAGGGGAGAUUUUUAUCCCUAUCACAGCUAAUAGCUCUUCCUGUUAUUGCCCCCAUGACCAUUGAUGACUUGAGAACUUCUCAACUGGAGCAAUUUCUUAGUGACUCUUCAAGUUUGGGGUGUCAUGAACCACUUGAAAGCUCCGGGACAGAAUCUUCCGGGCAUGUACCUGCAACAAGUUCUUCCAUCUUGUACUAUCAGGCACAGAAGCUGAUUAGUUUGCUUGGCUGGGAACCUCGCAUAUUACCUUACAGAGUUGACUUCAAGGAUGGACAAAAAGAUUCUUUCAAAGAUGCCAAUGUAACAAUUACAACAGGACAAAAACCGAAGGAUAAUAUCCGGUCUUCAUGUGAGGGUACCGACCGUUCUAGUGAGCUGCAGGUUGAUCCUAGUUCUGUUGUUCUGGAUUGCAAGUUAUGUGGGGCUAGUGUUGGAUUAUGGGCUUUCUCUACUAGCCCACGGCCUAUGGAGUAUAUAAGAUUUGUGGGGCUUACAGAAGUUACAAAUAUGGCUACCCAUGAUGAGGCUGGUGUACAGGAAGAGUCUUCAGGCCAUCAAAUACGUGGUGGAAGUAGGGAAGGUAUCAGGAAUAGUGGCAGCAGUGCUUCAACAUCCUCAGGAUUCACAAUUGCAGGUGGUCCUCCACCUGCGUCGCUGAAUUAUGGUGCAACCAUAUCUUUACCCAUCGUUGGCCAGAAUUUGAGAGCAAGAUUGCCAAUUAAAACUGGAAAUAAAGAUCACUCGGAUGUUCAGAGGCCAUCGCAAGAUCAUGUAGUGGUACAACAAAAUGAAAACGUCAGCACAGAAGAAACCAUUCUAACCAUAGAGCCAAAUGUCAUUGCAGACAAACCUUUAGAGGUUCCUGAAUCUGUUGCAGAAGGUUCUAAUUUGAAUUUGAAACCGACUGGAACUUUAGGUGAAUUAUCUAGCUCAAGUAUCACUUUAGUUAGAAAUGAUGGAGGGAUUGAGCCCCACAGUGAACAAAUGUCUGGAAACCAUGAAGAAGUCGGCAGCUACCGAAGCAGUUCGGAUAGUCUUGGAAUAGGGGUGUCACUGAGCCAGAAACCUAUGCUCUACUGUACAAGAGAGGAUAAGAAAUCAUUAUCUUUUGAUAAACCAAUGGAGUUCAACCCGAUCAAACAUCACAGGCACUUUUGUCCCUGGAUCAUGUCUAUUGGCAAAUCUGCUCCUGGAUGGCAGCAGACACUGUUGGCUUUAAAAGAAGACAAGGAGCUCAGCAAUGUGCACUCAUCUACCUUGAUAGAGAUCUGCUAAGAGAAAAGGGGGAAGACACAUCUGAAAUGCAUGGUUACAUGUCCGUGAAGAACAAAGAGUUGCUGUGUUUGCUCAUUUUAAUGGAUAACAUGUUUCAGAAGAGCAAAAUUACAUUUAAGGUUAAUCCAGAUUUAGUUUUAAAAUGAGGACAUCUCUUCGUGGGAACAAUAGCAAUGACUCCUAACAGUGUGUGCUUGUUUGUAUCAUAUUUUUGUUCGGUUACGAUAUAUGUGAUUGUGCAGGUGGAUGAUCCAGUUGAAUCUGUGAGGACAUUAUUCACAUCUCCUGAUAAGAAGAGAGCCAGGAUUUGUGGUGGGAGCAUGACAUGAUUGAGGAUUCCUCAGACCUUGAAACUUGAAUUGCUUUGUUUGUUCUUGAAGAAAUUUGUAUUUGGCAGGUAGAGGAUGAGAUUUUCACCAUCACCUCAUAGAUUAAUUAGUUUGGUCAUAGACUCUUUUCAAGUAUAGAAGUUGAAGGAAUCGAUAGCAUUGGUUUAUGAUUAUCCCCAAAUAAAACUCCGACAUUGAGAAAAUGAAUGAUGCAGUCAUCAUCCAAUGAGUCCGCAAUUGGUGACGACAA